GUGUGGCAAGUCUGCCCUGUUCGACGCAUAGACCUAUAAAAGAACUGUGAGCGGCGUAGCGUGCAGUUCGGACGACGAUACUUUGUCGACAUUGCCUUAACGUACGUUAUUCGAUGCGGCAGGAGGUGGAAAGAGAGAGAGGAAGAGAGCUGGUGUGUGUACGCGACGAAUAAUCGUUUUCCCGAGGACACACGUCUCUAAUACUUGUCCGGUAUCAAAGCAGUCAUGAAGUACAUUUUGGUGACCGGUGGAGUGAUCAGUGGCGUUGGCAAGGGUGUCAUCGCCAGCUCUUUCGGCACUAUUCUCAAGCACUGCAAUAUCCAUGUGACGUCCAUCAAAAUCGACCCCUAUAUUAACAUAGACGCCGGUACCUUUUCGCCUUACGAGCACGGAGAAGUUUAUGUACUUGAUGAUGGUGGAGAAGUAGAUCUUGAUCUGGGCAAUUAUGAGCGUUUUUUGGACAUUACUCUCCAUAGUGACAAUAACAUAACCACAGGAAAAAUUUAUCAACAUGUUAUUACCAAAGAAAGACGUGGGGAUUACUUAGGAAAAACAGUACAAGUGGUGCCUCACAUCACUGAUGCUAUUCAAGAAUGGGUAGGAAGAGUUGCAAAUCAGUCUGUAACAGAAGAUGGAACUAUACCAGAAGUUUGCAUAGUGGAAUUAGGAGGCACAAUAGGUGAUAUAGAAGGAAUGCCGUUUGUAGAAGCAUUUAGACAAUUUCAGUUUAGAGUAAAAAAAGAGAACUUCUGUGUUGCUCAUGUAUCAUUGGUGCCUCAGCCAAAAUCGACUGGUGAGCCUAAAACAAAACCAACACAAUCUAGCGUGAGAGAAUUACGUGGAUUGGGUUUGUCUCCUGACCUCAUAGUUUGUAGAUCAGAAAUGCCUAUUGGCGACUCUGCCAAAGAAAAGAUCUCUAACUUUUGCCAUGUAGCUCCAGAACAGGUCAUAACUGUACACGACUUGACGUCCAUAUACCGAGUGCCGCUUCUUAUGGAACAUCAAGGUGUCAUAGAAUUUUUGAAUGAUCGAUUACAAUUAAAUAUUGGAGUUCCACGUCCGCGUUGCUUUAUGCGAAAAUGGCGAGACUUAGCGGAACGCGUAGAUCGUCUGCGCAAAGAUGUUAACAUCGCUCUGGUUGGUAAAUAUACAAAACUCGAAGACUCUUAUGCGUCUGUUACGAAGGCAUUGCAACAUGCUGCCAUUGAAGCCGGAUAUAAAUUGAACUUGACGUUUAUAGAGGCUGCUAAUCUAGAACAGGCUACAAAAACAGAUGAUCCUGUUUUAUAUCAUGAAGCUUGGCAACAGCUUUGCAGAAGCAACGGUGUCAUUGUGCCAGGUGGUUUUGGAAAGAGAGGGAUGGAGGGGAAGAUGGAAGCAUGCAAGUGGUGUAGAACGAACGAUAAGCCAUUUCUUGGUAUCUGCUUGGGUCUACAAGCGGCAGUUAUUGAAUUUGCUCGAAACGUAUUGCACCUCGAGAUGGCGAACACAAUGGAAAUCGAUCAGAACACCAGUCAUCCUUUAGUGAUAGACAUGCCAGAGCACAAUCCCGGACAAAUGGGAGGAACAAUGAGACUUGGUAAAAGACAAACCCAAUUUGUCAACAAUAACUCUAUCCUGAAGAAAUUGUAUGAAAAUAAAGAAGUUAUAGAAGAAAGGCAUAGGCAUAGAUAUGAAAUAAAUCCGGAAUAUAUCGCUGAUUUAGAAGCAGCUGGUUUAAAAUUCGUCGGCCGCGACGAUCAACAUAUACGAAUGGAAAUUGCCGAAUUAGAAGGACAUAGUUACUAUAUAGCCACGCAAUUUCAUCCAGAGUAUUUAUCGAGGCCAUUAAAACCAUCACCACCAUUCCUUGGCUUAAUUUUAGCUAGUGUUGGUAAACUAAAGUAUUACUUAGCACGGGGAUGCAAAUUUUCACCUCGUCAACUAAGCGAUAACGAGUCAGAUGAUGAGUAUGUGCUCGAAGGAAUGACAAAGUUACAUUUGUCAAAUGGUGUAAGUAGAAGUGGUAGCAGUACAUCAGGCGUCAAUGACUAGAAUCGAUACAGUUCUUAAAUUUUUAUUAGCAAUUUUUAAUAAGAUCUAUAGCAGACUAGUCUCUCAUUUAUACAUGGUUGUUUGACGCUACUCAUACGUUCGUUCGUGUGCUAGAGAUUAUUAAAAUGAUUAAAGGAAUCCUAUAUACUUGUUUUCCAGACAGUUUAAAUAUUUUUCAUUGCAGUUCGAUGCGCUAUUGAUAGUUCAAUAAGAGAAUUAAAGAUCAAUCAAAGACAAAUUUUUUAAUUUCUGUAUUCCAAGUAACAUAGAGAAAGAAUUGUUUUAAAAUAAAGUAUCACCUGCAUCUAUUUGCUAAUUUCCUUUAAUCAACAUCAUUAUAAUAACCGUUGUUGAAUGUAAAAUCGCAUAGGAUUUUUAUGUUUAAUGAUUCCUGCAGAUUGUAGGCAUCUGCAGACGAACGGAUAUAUGAAAAUUAGAUCAAACACUUAUAUUAAUGUUUUAACGAUAGUAAAAAGAGAAAACAAUAUAUAUACUUAGUUUCAACACGAUUUGAACAUUUUUUCGAUUAAUUUAGAACAGCUUGUAGUGCAAUAAAAGAAGAAUAAGUUUAGAAAUUAAAAACGUUUUUUUUU